AUGACAGAUUUGAUGGUUGGCAUGACAAUUCAAACAGAAGCUGGACCAUUUUCCAGGUUGACUGAUGCUGUUCUUGCAGUUCUUAUGGAUACAGGUAACUACAAAGUUAACUGGCAAAUGGGACAACCAUUAGUAUGGGGCAAUCCAGAAUCAAUUGAUGGAAAUACAAUUACAAACUUUGCAAUUGGUCCUCCACAAAAUGUUUUCCCUAAGUAUUAUAUGAGAGACUUCUCAGUUCAAGAAAUUUGGUAUGCAAGUUUUGAUUUCAAAUUCUCCGGACCAUUUUCAGGACCUGCACAUAUUAGAGCAAGUUAUAGCGAAAAACAAUUUUAUGAUCCGAAAGGCAUUGGAGUUGGUACAACACAAGUUUAUGAUUUCAUUCCAUUUUAUUUCCCAAAUUAUGUUUGUCCUAAGGGACAGGCUAUUCUUCCAUCAACAAUGUCAUAUUUUCACCACAAAUGCGGUACAUAUACAUGCGACGGAUAUAAAUCGUUCACAAUUCAAGUCAAUAAAGAUCUAGCUGCAACUCAGUUUGAAAGUGUCACAUGCACAAAAGAUAAUGCAACUAAGGAAUUUUCUUUGCCAUUAGGUUACUAUUCCAGGAAAGUUUCUUGUGUUGAUCCUGAAAGAUUCUGCAGAUCUGUGAAACUGAACGAGAUGAAGUUUGUUGUUGACCCAUUCAAUCCAGAUACAAGGCAAUUGAAUAGUGAUUCUCCAACACCGACACAGCCUGAACCUGAUAAUAAUCCAUCAGGACCCGAACCAGGAAAUAAUCCAUCAGGACCCGAACCAGGAAAUAAUCCAUCAGGACCCGAACCAGGAAAUAAUCCAUCAGGACCCGAACCAGGAAAUAAUCCAUCAGGACCCGAACCAGGAAAUAAUCCAUCAGGACCCGAACCAGGAAAUAAUCCAUCAGGACCCGAACCAGGAAAUAAUCCAUCAGGACCCGAACCAGGAAAUAAUCCAUCAGGACCCGAACCAGGAAAUAAUCCAUCAGGACCCGAACCAGGAAAUAAUCCAUCAGGACCCGAACCAGGAAAUAAUCCAUCAGGACCCGAACCAGGAAAUAAUCCAUCAGGACCCGAACCAGGAAAUAAUCCAUCAGGACCCGAACCAGGAAAUAAUCCAUCAGGACCCGAACCAGGAAAUAAUCCAUCAGGACCCGAACCAGGAAAUAAUCCAUCAGGACCUGGAGUUGAAAAUCCUUCAGGAACUGGAGGAAAUGAAACAACAACAACAGGGUCUGGAGGUUCAUAUGAAAAUUCCAAAGCAGCAGAAAAGAAGGCUAAAAAGAAAAAGUUGAUAAUUAUUGCGGCAUGUGCCGGAGUUGCAGCUUUAAUUGUGAUUGCAUUUAUUGCAGCUUUGGUUAUAUUUGCAAUUAGAAAUGCAAAAGAAAAUGCAUAUCAUGAGGAUUCUGAUGCAAAUUAUGUUGUUUAG